AUUCAUUCAUUGUCAUUCAUUCUUGUGGUCUUGAGCGACAUAUUCUAUCCUAUCAAUUUUAAGUAAAAUCUCAAAACCUUUGAGAAUUUGAGCGUGAAUUUGUGAAUUUAAACCCGUGUUGUGCCAUAAAGGAAGCUAAAGUUGAUAUCAAAUAUUGACCGGAGAAAAAAGUAUCAUUGGCUAUAUAUAAAGUUUUGACGCGUCAUUUUCCACCGAUUUCCAAUUAGAUAAAUAAAAACUAGCAGUCAAACAUGAGCUGGCAAGAUUAUGUUGAUAACCAAUUGAUGGCCUCGCAAUGCGUCACCAAAGCCUGCAUCGCCGGUCACGACGGAAAUCUUUGGGCAUCUUCCAAAGGUUUCGAGGUAACGAAGGAAGAACUAUCAAAACUCAUUUCUGGAUUCGAUAAUCAGGACUUACUAACCAGCAACGGAGUAACAUUGGCCGGCCAAAGAUAUAUCUAUCUGUCCGGUACAGACCGCAUUGUUCGCGCCAAAUUUGGACGUAGCGGAGUACACUGCAUGAAAACUACGCAAGCUGUUAUCGUAUCCAUCUAUGAGGACCCAGUUCAGCCACAACAGGCCGCAUCCGUUGUAGAGAAACUUGGUGAUUAUCUGAUCACCUGCGGGUACUAGAUAAUAACAAAAUCACUAUACAUAACACAUAAAAGUAAUUAUAUAAUAUUAAUAAACGAAAAAUAUCAUAAACUUA